UAAAAAUAAUGAGGUAAAUUACUCUACUAUCAGCAACCGAAGCGUACAGCUGUUUGUAUCUUUACGUAUUUCAUAAUUUAACAAAGAUACAGUCGUUUAUUAUCGUUGUACUGUUGGAUAAAACACAAAGUAUUCGAUUUUUAGAUAGCCAACGUGUAUAAGAAUGCAUCUACGCUCUACCCAGGCCGUCUGUCGGUUGAUCCGUGCUCUUAAAUCAUGGCAUUUCACCGGAGCCAUGGAGUAUUAUACAUAGAAUCCCUUCCUAUCCAAGACUUGGCGAAACAGUAUGGCACCCCUCUUUAUCUUUACUCCAAGCAGAUUAUCCUGGAAAAACUGGCCCAGUAUGACCGGGGUUUGGGAGGUUGCGAUCACGUAAUCUGUUUUCCGGUGAAGUGCAAUUCCAACCAAGCUCUGCUGCACUUACUGUGUCGUCAGGGGUGCGGUUUCGACGUCGCAUCUUCGGGGGAACUGCUUCGUGUUCUAAAAAUCCAUUGCAACCCCCAAAAUAUCGUCUUUUCUGGUGUAGGCAAGAGUACCAACGAGCUAAAAAUGGGUCUCGAAGUUGGGAUCAAGUGUUUUAACACCGAAUCGUGGCAAGAAAUCGAUCGCCUGGAAGAAAUUGCUAGGAGCAGUGGCAUUGUGGCACCCGUUGCAGUUAGAGUGAAUCCAGACAUCGAUGCUGCAACGCACCCCUAUCUUGCAACUGGAUUAAAAAGUAAUAAAUUUGGCAUCCCCCUAGAGGAAGCCCCCGAACUGUACUCCAGGAUACGUUCUUCACCCUUCUUGAAAGCUGAAGGUGUGGAUUGUCAUGUCGGUUCUCAAAUUCUACACCUCCAACCCCUACUGGAAGCUAGGGAUUGUUUGCUGGAAUUAGUGAACCGAGUCGGUAAAUCUGGGGUUGACUUAAAUUUCGUCGAUCUGGGAGGUGGUAUAGGUGUCCCUUAUCGUCCCAACGAUCCCUCACCAGAUAUUUCCGAGUGGGUUCGAACCCUCGCCGCUCCCAUCUUUUCUAAAGGCAUGCAAGUUAUAAUGGAACCAGGGAGAUCUUUGUUGGCAGAAUCGGGUGUUUUGGUCACUACAAUAGAGUAUUUAAAGAGGGGGUGCAAGAAUUUUGCCAUUGUAGAUGCAUCUAUGACAGAAUUAAUUCGUCCAGCUCUCUAUGGUAGUUACCAUAGGGUGGAAGAAGUGAUUAGGAGGGAAUCAGAGGGCCAAAUAUACGAUGUAGUGGGACCCGUUUGUGAAAAUUCCGACGUCCUAGCGGAAGAACGACUCCUUCGAGUGUUACCAGGUGAUUUGUUGGUUAUUUACCAUGCUGGAGCCUAUGGUAGCUCCAUGAGUUCUAAUUUCUCCAGUAGGACUAGAGCUGCAGAAGUUAUGGUAGACAAUAAUGCUUCUUACUUGAUUAGAGAGAGAGAAUCGGAAGAAGAGUUGAGGAGGAGAGACCAUUUACUUCCAGAAGUUGCAUUUAAAUAACUUCGAUUUAGCGCCGUCGUUGGUUUGUCUCCUUGAGAAGCUGAAAGUCGAGGGAUCUGGUGAGUUUGAGGGGUUGAAAGUCAAGUGAUUUUAGCGAUAACAUUGCCGUCUGUGAUGCAUAACCGUACAUUUAGUAACUGACAGACUGAAGAGUUCGCAUUAAUUUAUGGGAAAGAUCCCUUCACAAGCACUCAUCGCCACUUGACGGGGUUGGCGCAGUUCGGGAGGGCGAUUUAGUCUUUAGAAUGGUGACUUUUUGGCCACCCCACGCGUUGUAGGGAACUGAAAGAUGUAAGAAGUAAAUGUAAGCAUUUAUAAGGUACCGAGAUUCGUGAGAAUAAAGUGAAAUUAAAAUCGAUUAUUUAAAAGGUUAAUUUAGUUUUCUAGAAAGGUUAACCGACUUUUGGACCACCCUGUAGCGAGGAAUGCACGCUGAAACGAAUACUAAACUCAAAAAGUCAAGCCUUGUUGUAUACAGAAGCAUCGAAGUUUCAUUUUCAAUUGUGAGAAAGGCGCGAUGUUUAUCACCUCCAACCAAGGAAGGGGACAAAUCCCUCAGCAAACAGAAAA